AUGGCGCACCAGGACGACGUAGAACGUGCUUCGGCAAAGACCACUGAGCGGACGCCACUGUUGCAGGAGGUUCGCCCUAUCCCGAUUGAUGACGACCAGGCGUCGGAGUCGACACUACGCGAUGACCGACAAUCUCCGCACAACGAGCACGAGGAGGCCGCGUUGCUUGAACCGCAACCGCGUAAGGAACGCACGAAACGGUGGUACAUCUGGAGAGCAUUUUGGGUUGUCCUGGGUGCUUUGGUGCUCGCUUUGUUUAUUAAAGGCUGGGUAGAUGCGGGCGACACCAAUUUUGACCUUGGCGGUGCACUGAAGCGUGCCUUGGGAGGUGGCUUGAGUGGUGCUGCGGCCAUGGUAUUGCAAGUCCUUCUGCUGAUGCCACUGCGCACCAUCAUGAACUACCAAUACCGUCAUGGAUCGUCAUUCCCAGUAGCUACCAAGACACUAUAUCAUGAAGGAGGAGUGAAAAGAUACUACUCGGGUCUUAUUGCUGCACUUUUCCAAGGCCCUAUAGCACGGUUUGGUGACACAGCAGCAAAUGCUGGAAUCUUGGCUUUACUGCAUUCUAACCCGUAUCUUAACCGUAUGCCUACGCUUGUCCAAACUAUUUUUGCUUCGCUUUGCGCGGCCGCUUUUCGGAUGAUUCUUACUCCCAUUGAUACACUCAAGACCACUCUGCAGGCACAAGGUGCUCGUGGUACCGCAUUGCUUCGUCAGCGUGUCAAGACCAAUGGCAUCGGCAGUCUUUGGUGGGGUGCCUUUGCGACUGCCGCUGCGACAUUCGUUGGACAUUACCCUUGGUUCGCGACGUAUAACUUCUUGACCGAGUUUAUCAAUGACCCGGGCAAGCAACAGCUAGGUCUGUACCUGUUGCGCUUGGCUUUUAUCGGCUUCUGUGCAUCGGUCAUAUCGGACUCAAUCUCCAACUCGCUCAGAGUCGUGAAGACGUACCGACAGGUCAACGACACGAAAGUAUCCUAUUCGGAAGCUGCAAGGUUGGUCGUGUUGCAAGACGGGAUUUCCGGGCUCUUCGGGCGCGGUCUACCCACUCGCAUUCUUGCAAACGGCUUGCAAGGCAUCAUCUUCUCUAUUCUCUGGAAGUUGUUUCUAGAUCUCUGGGACAAGCAUACUGGUUAG